AUGAAUGGAGAAUGUUCAAGAAAUCCACAACAAGAUGCAGAAGCUGAAGUUGAGAUGAUUGGCGAAGUUUUGAGUGCUAUGGUAUAUUAUGAACGACAUGCGGCCGACAAGUUUCGAAAACAAGCAAAAUCUUUGAGGUAUGUGGAGUUAUAUUGUUUUUGGCUUUUAGGGAUAUCAAGAGAAAGAAACAUAAAAGGUAUUUAAAACUUUUCACUGGAUUGAGAAAGUUUUAUCUAGGCUUGAGCUAAUUAUAUUGUUGUAGAUGUCUGGAUCACGCAGAUCGUAUUGCCUUGGGUCCUGCUUUGUCCGAGCACCUCAAAGCAGCUUUGAAAUGUGCUGCGGAGAAUCAGAAGUUGUUUGAUCAUAUUAUAAAUUGUGGGAGAGUUAUAUUCGAUGAUAAUUCCAACUAUAUCAGUGCUAUGAAUGGUCUGAAAGAAGGAAAAGUUCCUACCGAACAUUAUUUGUCCAAAGCCAGGAGCACGUUGAAGCAAAUAACACGAGAUUGGAGUGAAGAAGGUCGAGAAGAACGUGAAAGUUGUUAUAAUCGAGUCAUUGAGGCUAUGAGAACAUUAUACCCAAAUAAGGCGGAGCGUCCCCAUGUUAAUACUUUGGUUUGUGGUUCUGGAUUGGCUAGACUGAAUUGGGAGUUUUUGAAGGAUGGAUUCAGUGUAACGGGGAAUGAAUUUUCAUAUUUUAUGAUACUAGCCUCGAAUUUUAUGUUGAACGCGUGUAAAUUAGUAAGAUUGGAAUUAAUUUAUAUUGUUUUAGAUAGUUCCGGAAAAAUUUGUAUUGUUUUUGACCUUUUUGAUAAAAACAUACUUAAUGGCUAAUUUCAGAAACACCAAUUUACUAUCUACCCUUACGUAUUAGACUUUUCAAACUGUUGGACGUAUUCGGACGCUUUGCGGCCUGUCAAGAUCCCUGAUGUUGAUCCAUCAACCCAAUUGGACAACGAAUCUCGUCAGAAUUCUUUUUCAAUGUGCGCCGGAGACUUUACCUCAGCUUUUGAUGCUCAUGAUAGUAUCUUUGACAACGUGGUUACUGUAUUUUUCUUGGACACGGCCGCAAAUCCUUUCAAAUACAUUCAAAACAUCAAGAAAAUCCUGAAGCCAGGAGGACGAUGGAUCAACUUUGGUCCGUUGACUUAUCAUUUUGAGGACUCUGAAGACGAUUCAAUUGAAUUGCCAUUUGAUAUUCUGCUACAACAAAUCGAACGAUAUAGUUUUGAAAUUGAAAUAGUGGAGGAGAACAGAGAUUUGCCCAGUUAUUAUACUCGAAAUAAGAGGUCAAUGUUGGGAUAUCAAUAUAAUUGUGGAUUUUUUCAAGCAAGAUUGAAAACUGAGGAAGAUAGUGGAAGAAAUGCUGAAGCGACCGAAGAAAACCAAGAUCUGGAAUGGCAAUGCUAA